AUGUUUAACGGAAUGGACUUGUAUACUGUGAGCGUGUCGGCACCCGGCAAGGUGAUCCUCCACGGGGAACAUUCGGUGGUCUAUGGGAAGACGGCGAUAGCGGUGAGCCUCGGUCUUAGGAGUUCGAUCGUGAUUAAGGAGGUGCACAGCACCGGAGAUCCAACAGUGAACAUCCAUUUACCAUGCGUCGACCUCCAGGAGACCCUUCCCCUAAAGCCCAUGGUGGAGGCCCUCUUCAACCCUCAGCUCAGUCCAAACGUCACGGGCAAAUUCUCGUGGCGUCUCCCCGACAAGUUGAACCACGAAAAGCAUUUACGGAAAGUGGAAGACCUGCUACACAUCAUCAAACCAAACUUUGACACGCUGCAAAACAAUCAGAAGAACUCCUUGAGGAGUUUCUUGUACCUUUUCUCCGGGAUAUACGGGAGCACGCAUCUUCCAGUGAAGUCGAUGAAUAUAUCAAUGGGUUCCGAGCUCACGAUUGGUGCGGGCACCGGUAGCUCGGCGUCGUUCGCGGUGUGUCUCGCCGGCGCGCUGAUUAGGCUCAUGAAGCUGAAGAGUGCCAGCUAUGAUUACUACGACCAGAGCGAAGACUUCACGAUGACGGAGAAGGAGAUUAUAUCCGAAUGGGCGUACAACUGCGAGAGGAUCAUGCACGGAUCGCCUUCGGGCAUUGACAAUGCGACAUGCACCUUCGGCUCUAUGGUGUCAUUCAAAAAAGGCGGCAAACCGCGAGUACUGAAUAUACGGUUGAACCUCCGGGUAUUGCUCGUGGAUUCCCGUGUAUCGCGGGAAACGCGCGCGCUAGUCGUCAAAGUGGCAGCCCUGAGGCAGCGCAACAUGGGCGCUGUGGACCACAUCAUGGAGGCGUGCGAUCACCUGGCGCAUACUGCUACACAGGUUUUGGAAAAAAUCUCAAGUGGCAAGUGUGAAUCGGAUACCGAGUCUGACUACCAACAUUUAGCGGAGCUGUGGGAGAUGAACCACUGCCUGCUGGCGGCGCUGGGCGUGUCGCACCCCGCCCUCGAGACCAUACGCAGCGCGGCGCGCGAGCGUUCGCUCGCCUGCAAGCUCACCGGCGCCGGCGGCGGCGGAUAUGCUAUGGUUCUCAUCCCUCCAUCCACUCCUCGCUCGACCGUCGACUCGCUAGCCGGUCAACUCCUCGAGCACGGCUUCAGAGUCACAGAAACGCGACUCGGCGGGCCAGGGAUCACGCUGGAGAUGUGACCCGUGCGUCUAGACCCCCAAGUGACCCCCUCACGCGAGACGGACACCAAGGACAUUCCGGUACACGGUACCCCAUCGACGUUUUUAGAACACAGUCCAAAAAUGAUAACGUUGAGUAUCGUGACCUCCGCAGCUACAAGUGUGACCCCCACGGAGAAGCCGGAGUCGAGCAACAACGCUACAGUACAUAUCAGCCCAUCGACGGUUUUACAUAGAUUUCCAAAAAUUAUGCCAUCAAAUAAUGGGACUCUAAAUGCGACUCUCAUGGGCAUGAAUGAAUCUACCAGCAAAGCUACAGUGCAGCUCAGCCCGUCGACGUCCAAUUCAAAGCAGUAUAUUGAAAUGUUAGCGUCAAGUAUUGUGACCCCCGUGUCUUUAAGUGUGACCCCCAAAGUGACCCCAUCUUGUGAGAACCCCGGCUUUGUGCACAAACGCCGCCGUCUUAGCUAGCAUCAGUGUGUUUUAAAAUUAACUCGAAUUUGUGUGACUGCUACAUUAAUACCAUACAAAUGUAUGGAUAUUUGUAUGACAGUUUGGUGUUUGGUUCGAUAUAGAAAAAAAAAUUACCUAAAAUAAAUUAGGUGUGAUAAUUUGAGUGGACGCUAUUGCAAUAUGGAUUCUAUUUUAAUGUUGUUUAAGUAGGUUUUUGUCAUUUCGAAAUUAUUAUUGUAUGACAUCGAAUUUUAAGUACUCGAAAAAGGACCAGUGACUGCAGUUAGGUUAAGCGAGUAUUAGUGACAUCAUUGUAUUAUUUAUAUUCACGACAGCUACUUUACGGGACAGGCAGAGAGAACUAAUGCUAGAGACCUUCACCCUUACAUAUUUGCUUCCUAUAAGUAAUACUUUACGGAUUGUAUGUAUAUAUGUUCAUUCAUAAUAUAAAUUCUUUAGAUUGGUAACACAUUUCAAUUUCAAAUAAAUGUGUGUAAUUAUGUUUUUUUAAAAUUUUAAUGCAUGUAAAUUACUUUUUUUUUUUAAUUAUACAUAAUCAAAAAUAUGAAAAGACAUAUAUUCUAUUCAAAUACAUGAGAAAUGCCUAUGGUAUAGUUUAAGAGAUGCUGAACUUUAUCAAAAAGGUUUCAUCGUUUACUUACGUAUCUUUAAAAUAUAAAAUCAUAGCAUCGUCUUCAUCAUGUCAGUCAUUAAUUGUCAACUGCUAAACAUAAGCUCUCCCCAUAAAUAGGGGGGGUUUGCCAAGUAGUUACCACGCUUGGCAAGUGGUUUGACAAAAGAUCGGGUAAAGCAGUUAGGCUUUGGUAAUGUUUUAAUAGGGACGCUGUUGCCCAUCCCUCGAGUAUUAAGUUCCCUUAGUCGCCUCUUACGACACCUACUGGAAAUAAAGGGAUGGCCCAUUCUAUGUUGGGGCAGCAAAUCGUGAAGCCUAAACUUACAGUAAAUACGGUCUCUAGGUAUUAAUUCUCAAUUGUUUGUUAUCCCAAAUUUGUUAACCAAAAAACAAUUCCAAAUUUCCAAUGUAAACAUUCCGAAGUCUGAAUUUGAUCAUGGUGUGUGAAUGAAAGCAACAAACCAUUGUACUCCCCUACACGAUGGCUCGUCAUGGUCAUGUCGAAGGGCUUAUGGCAUGGUAUGAUGGUGUACGUAAGCAUGGGUCAUAUCGACAUUGCACUAAUAUCUAUAUAUUGGGUUUUUUGUAAUGAAUAAUGAUGGAAUAGUUUUUUUUUUUUAUUGAAUGAAAAUGGAGUGGUUACCCCGCCUGCGCUAACGGGAUACGCUGACGGGGCACCAGUGAAGGGUGAUCGAUAAGGACGAAAACAGGCCAGUGGGGCAGAUGGGCUACCAUCAUGAUGAAUUCAUCAGGAAUUAAUCAUGAUAGUUUCUGGGGGGAACCGCGAAAAAAAAGAGGAGGUAGACCUGGUUGGGUAUAUUGCUAGCAAUGAUAUUCUUAGUUUCCAUUACUUACAAUCCCUUUUCCCCCCUAAUGGAAUAGUUACCUCGCCUACGCUAACGGUAUACGCUGGCGGUGCACCAGUGAGGAAUGAUAGGUGAGAAUGAAAGACAGGUCAGUUAGCCCACCGUGAUGAAUACACCUGAAAUUCAGCACGAUGGUUUCCAGGGGGAUCACGGGCAGGUUGACCUGAUAGGGUACAUUACUAGCAAUGGAGCUGUUAGACUCCCUAACUAAGAAUCCCUUUCCCCCCUGAAAAGACAGGUCAGUUAAUCCAUCGUGAUGGGGGAAAGGGAUUGUUAGUAAUGGAGACUGAGAAUCCUAUUGCUAGCAAAGGUAAAUUGAGAAAGAAAAGUCACUGUAGUACCUGUAAUUCGGUCAGUGUGAUGUCAACAGUAAGACUUCAGUAAGAGUAAGACAGACAUAAUGUCGUCUCAGAUCAAAAUAACGAGCCAUCGUGUACUGGGUUUUAAAUAAAAUUUCAAAGAUUAUUUUCUUUGCUGUACUGUUGCAUAGUAAUCGAUUCGCCGAUUAAUCGAUUAAUCGACACCGAAUAAUCUGAAAAUCGAUUGGCCUACCGAUAGUUUUAAUUCAAACAAACUUCCAUCGCUUCCUCUUUUUAUUUUUUAACCUGUACAUAAGUAAUAGAUAACAUAACACCAUCUGGGCCCAAAGAACUUGUACUAUGGCUACUAGAACAGUCUAGUGUCCAUAUCAGCAUUUAACUGUCCACUGCUGAACAUAGGUCUGCCCCACAAAGGGGGGCUUUGCCAGUAGCUGUCACAUUUGGCAAGCAGGUUGGCAAUCACAGUUAGUUUUAAGAAGGACGCUGCGGUCCCUUCCUCCACUAUUAAGUUCUCAUGGUCGUUAUUUACGACAUAGACAGUGAUACAGAGAAGGGGUGGUCCAUUCUAUGCCGGGACCACACGGCAUUCAUAAUAAAUUUACUUAAAUACUUUAAUUAAGUGACAGAUAAUUUUACAAUACAUAAAAUGAACGAGGAAAGCGCAAUUUCACUAAGUAUGCUAGAUAUUUAUAUAUAUA